ACCCAGCACACACGCGGGCCUCUCGCGAGAGCGGGGCGCGCGCGGGCAUGGAGGGGCUGUUCGCGCUGGAGCUGCUGGUGGAGGCGCUGCGGCCGGCGGAGCCGGGGCCCGCCGAGCUCCCGGGGCCCGCGGAGCACCCGGCCGUGGCGCUGCGCCUCUUGGACUUCCCCACCCUCGUGCUGCGCCCGGCCGCCUCCGCGCCGCCCCUGCGGCCGGGACAGCUCUUCCCCUUCGGUCGCGGCAAGCGCUGCCUGUUCCGCUGGGGCUCGGACUCGCUUUUCGCCGCGCUCCGCCGCCGCCCGCUCCGCGCCCUGCUCCUGGCGCUGCCCGCCGGGCUCGCCCCGGGACCCCCCCGCCUCCUCGGCAGCUGUGCCGUGUCCUUGGCCCCCGCCGCGGAGCUGCUGCAGCGGCCCGGGGCGCCCUCCUCCUGCGGCCGCCGCGGCCGCUUCGCGCUGCGGGACUCUGCGGGCCGCCCCGUCGGGGAGCUGGUCCUGGGCUACCGCCUCAGCAGGGUGGAGGCCGGAGAGGCGAGUCCCGCCAGCCCCCGCCCUGCCACCACCCCUGAACCGCGAGACGACGAGGAGGAGGAGGAGAAGGAAGAGGAGGAGGGUGAGGAGCUGGAAGGCAACGUCUUUUGCCCUCCGUUGCUCUAUUACAGUCGUGAGCCGGCUGAGCCCCAGCGGCCGCCAGCAACAAUGGAGCAAUGGGAGCAUGUCGAGCCCCAGAGACCGCAGGAGAAGGACAAGGGCCACAGCCCACCACGGCCCAGUGCUGGGCCCUCGCUGCUGCACCCCGCCGGCCCUCGACAGCCCCACAAUAGCCCGGUGCAGCUGCCGCUGCUCAGUGCCUUGCUGGCGGAGCUGUCGGUGCUCACCCGCAGCGCUGUGCCUGCUGCUGCUGCCCAGCCCCAUCUUGCCUGGCUGUACCAGGCCCCGGGGAGUGGGGACGCAGCCUCACAGCCCCCCAGCCGCCCUGCUGCCCUCAGGCCUGCAGAGACACCUGUGGGGCCUGGCAGCAGCACUGAAGCCACGAGCCCACAGUUCAGACAAGGCUGUCAAAAGGCCACCUCCCCAGGGUCUUCUGGCGUUGGGAGAAGACCCAAGAAAGCUGUGCCCCAGGGACAGCCAGCCUGUGAAAGGAACUGCAAAGCUAAGGAGAACAGACCUCCCAGAAAGAAAUUGUUAUAUGGGCUGACAAAUACACUGAGGCUACGGCUGCAGCAGACCAACCCAGAUAAGCUGAUAAUUCAUGAAAGGAGGGAGCAGUAUAGAAAAAAGCAAAUGGAGAUGCUGAAAGAGAGAAGCCUCUUACCCAAGAGAAAGCCGGUCAGAAACACUGAAGAACAGCAUGUGACGUCUUGCAAGCACUGUAGCAGGGGAGGCAGUUCAAAGCGGAACAACCAGUUGGAUAAAACUGUUCAGACUUCAUUAGAAAACAGUGCUCUCUCAGAGUCCAUUGCUGUGACAGGAGAUGUGUCCCCUGGCCUGCAGAAACAGUCUAUUGGAAGUCUAUCUAGGAACGAUUCAAUUGCAAGAAAGGAAUGUUCUAAGGAAAUAACUACAGCCCCCUUACCAGAGGAAACUGUGUUAAAGUCUGCUCAUGAGGAAAAGAGUGCAAAAGCUCAACUCCCAUCAGAUACUAAUGCAAAAGGAAGUUACAAUGAUGCAAUACGCUUAAUCCGUAAUAAAACCGUGGAGCAUGAUGAUGUGUCUUCUGUAAGCUGUCAUAAACUAAGCCCCAGCAGAAGUGUUGAAAACAACUCUGAAUUCAUAUACUCUGAUGACUUUGUCACUAGUCCAGUGAACUCAGUUUAUUCAGAAGAUUUCACCAGUGUUGAGUGUGCAGGCAGAGACUCGAAAGUUCUUGACAGCAGUCCUGAACCUCUGUGGGUUGAAAGACCAAAGCAAGAUAGGUCAGAUACAGAGCCAGAAUCCAGCAGGUCCAGAAUUUCAAAGACAAGUCAAAGAGCUCAGAGUACUUCAGAUCUUGUGCCAGUUCCUUCAGCUUCAUCUCCAGUCCAGUCUUUGAGGAGAAACUGUGACCUUAAAACCAGCAUGGGAACUAGUGCUGAAUCUGCUGAUUCAUUUAACCUUGCUGAGAUGGAGGCAUCAUUAUUAGAUGAAGAGCAGAAAGCCCAACAGAUGAGUAAGGAAGAGAACAAGGGUGACCGACAUACUAAAGAAAUACCCACACUGAGAAGCAAACAAGUCAUAUGUGAUACUGAUCUGAAUAUAGGAAAUGGCCAGACCUCUACAGGACAAAAGCAGUCAGGAACUCAAGUUAGCUCUUACUUGCCAUCUAACAUGUCUGAUCUUGAACUUAGUGUCUUGGAAAACAGUAUGUCAGACAAAGAUGAUUUUCUGGAAAAACUACAUGGUCCUAAUCAGUACAAAGACAUCAGUGAACUUGUAAUGAACAAGCUCCCAGGAUAUACAAUGUAAUUAUAAGUUUUCACUAUCUGGAUUAAGAUACAAUAUUUAAACUUUGUAAAUUCUGUUGCAUUUAGUUGCACUGUGUGCAAGCUAAUUUAAGAUUUUAUCAUGCACAUUUAUUACAUCAGUGAAUUCAGUUACAAAAUCUUUAAAAUAAACUACUUUUGAAUCUCUAACAAAUGGUGUCUGUCUACAGCCUGACUUCAGUAUCCGUAUCUUAACACAAAAGUAAUCCAAACAGCACAUUAAA